CUCUGCCAAAGCACGGCCUUGCUCUCUUUCGUCGACUUCGUGCUUGUCCUUUGUUGCUUCUCUCGUCUUCUCUUCGCCGACAUCACUUCCACGAUGCGUUCGUCUCUGGCUUCUCCCGCCUUGGCCGCCCUGCUGCUCGUCAUCUCUCCAGCACGUGAGCCACGACGAUGCGUACAGUCAGCCCCUCGCGCAGGACACCCACCUCUCACUUACGUUGUGGGUCUCCCCCCCGUGUGUCUGUUCCCUUUGUGUGUGGUGUGUCUGCGUGUGCCUUCAGUGUUGCUGUGCGCGCCCGCCCCGGCCCUCACUCGCUACCUCCAGGACGACACCGACAAGGCGCCGAAAGGGGCAGUGAAGCCUGGCAACGACGAGAACAAGCAGCAGCAGCCGCCCAAGCUAGGCGACCACAAAGCCAACGACAACGGCAAGAAGGAGGGUCCGAAAGGAGCGGUGCCCAAGCAAGACAAGAAGCCUGACGACAACAAGAAGCAGCUUCAGCCGCCCGCCGGGAAGCAGCCGCCCAAGCCCGACGGGAAGGAGGAGACUCGCCCUGUCCACGGUCCCGGCGUGUGCGACACCACCAAGGGCAACUGUGGCCCCAGACAGACUCCCAUCAAGGGCAAGGGCAAGGGCAAUCCUGGCAAGGGCACCGGCAAAGGCAAAGGCAAGGGCAACAAGUCUCCGCCCAAGGACGCGCCCAAGGAGCAGCCGAAGGGUGAUGCAGGAGACAAGCAAAAGACGGCUUAGGGGAGGGGAAGAGGGAGCCUAGAGGGGCGGGAGAGCCAUGAUGUGUGUUUCGUCACACAGCGAGGGCUGGCCCGCCCGCAGGUAGGCUAGCUAGUUUCCUUUCACAGGUAGAAAAGGUGUGUAGCUUCGGUGUGAGUAUGUGUGGCCCACUCGCAGGUAGGCUGACUAAUUUUCGUGGGCACGGUUGAGACAAGCAGAGAGAGAUGAUCAUAUGUGAUGCGAUAUGAAGAUGCCCGGCCCCUCCCUGUCAAUGUGCGUGUGGGUGUGAGUCGUCUGUCGGUCUGUCUGUCCGUCCGUCUGUGUGUGUGUGCGUGUGUGUGUUUGG